AUGCAACAAAGUCCAAGAGCUAUUUAAUUGAUUGCAAUUGAGCCUUAAACAAAAAUCCUUUGUUAGGAGGCUGUAUAGAUAAUAAAAUCGUUUAAUGAUAAAUGCAAGAAUUUUGCUGUGAUUGUCGUUGUUGGCAAAUACCGAACUGGAAAAAGCUACCUAAUUAAUUAAUUAUUGCUUUAAUAAAGUAGAGGGUUUGAAGUAGGUUCUACUAUCAAUGCUUGUACUAAAGGUUUAUGGAUGUGGUCCGAGUUGAUUUAUUUUGAGUCUAGCAGAAGUAAGGAACCAAUUCCAGCCAUUUUAAUUGAUACAGAAGGGAUUGGGUCAGUUGAAGAAGAUAUGAAUCAUGAUGUUAAAGUAUUCCUUUUGGCAAUGUUAAUGAGCAGCUAUUUUAUUUAUAAUAGUGUUGGGACUAUAGAUGAUAUGGCAUUGUAGAAUUUGGGUUUAAUUGUUAACUUAACAAAAAUGCUGCAGAAGGCAGAUCAAAAUACAUAAAAGGAUUUAUUUGAAACCUUUCCUUCUUUUUUGUGGAUCUUGAGAGAUUUCACACUAAGACUUUAAGAUGAGUAUGGGAAUAAGAUACUUCCAAAGGAUUAUUUAGAAGCUGCUCUUAAACCAUUAAAAGGAAUAAGUGAAACUAUAGAAAAUAAAAAUAAAAUUAGGAGACAUAUUUCUUAAUUCUUUGCUGAGAGGGAUUGCAUCACUCUUGUAAGACCUAUAGAGGAUGAAAAAGCACUCUAAGAGUUGAGUAGUAUAAAUUUUGAAGAAUUAAGAGUUGAAUUUCAGGAAUAGGUGCUUGCCUUGAGGAAGAAAUUAUCAUUUAAAGUAUAGUUCAAACAAUACAAAGGCAAAGCCAUAACUCCAUUUACUUUUAUUGAAAUGUCCAAGUAUUUUGUGGAUGCAAUAAAUGAAGGUACUUUGCCUGAGAUAGCAACCUAAUGGCAAAUGAUUCAGGAGCAGGAGUUUGAAUAUCAUAUCAACACUUAAAUUGAGUAUUAUAAAUAAGCUAUUGAAGAGUUCUUUCAAGAUCAAGAUUUGGGAGAUCUGGUGGAAUUAAAUUAAAUUUUAUUAAAGAAAAUAAAGAAUCACUUAGAAGGGAAUAGUGAGAAAGAGAUUUUUAUGAAGAGAUGGAAGAGUGUGAAGAAGGAUUUGGAAAGAUUGUUUAAUGAUUCGUAGAGAAGAUAUUAGGAUAUAUAAUUGAUUUAAUUAGAAACAAUAAAAAACAAUUUUAUAGACGAAAUUCAUCAUUAUGAUAAAGAGGACUUUUGGGGAAUUGUUGAUAUAGCAAAUAAUGCAGUCUCAGAAUAUCUGUCUAAAAAUAUCAAUGUCAAUGAACUUUAAAAUUAUAUCACAUAGAUUUGGGAAAGUACAGUUCAAAGAAUAUAACACGAAUUUCAUAUUAUUAAAAAUCUAUCGAAUUUGCAUAUUCAAAUUUAAUCAAAAUAAGAACUUGAAAUUAGAAGAUUAUAAACAGAACUACAGAGUUAUUAAGAAUUUCAAUUAGAGGAUAAUAGAUAAAAGGAUAAACUGAUUGAAAAAUUGAAGGCUGAAAAUGAGUAAAUGAAGAAACGAAAUUCUGUUUCAGAAACUCUUAUAGCUGAUAUAAAAUUAUAAUUAGAAUAGUUACAAUAAGAUCAUAAUUAAUAGUUAAAAUCAAUUGACAACCAAAAUAAGUAGGAACUCAACAAAUUAAGAUCUAUAAUAUCUAAAUUCGAAUAAAGAGUGAUUGAUUCGAAUGUCAACAUUGAUAAAUUCUCAAAUUUGUAUCAACAACAAGAGAAAGAACACUAAUAAGAAUUAAACGAAUUCAAAAUAGAAAUAUUCAAAUUGAACUCAUAGAUAUCGGAUUAUCAAAUAUAAAUUAAAGAGAACAGAGGUGAGGUUGAAGGUGAUAAAAAGAAUGAAAAUUAUUAUUCAGCCAGAAAAUAAUAAAAACAUAACACCAAUGAUUGUGCCUUCAUUAAUAAUAUGCAAAAACAAAGCGAAAAUACAUUGUAAGAAUGGAAGUAUUAAAAGGAAUACAUAAGGAAACAAUUGCAAGAAGCCUAUUAUAAAAUAUAAGAAGAAAAGAAAUAAAAUGAUGCACUCAUUAAUAGUUUAAAGUAAUAUUGA